AAAAUUGUCACACAUAAAAAUGCUUGCUGUAACUGUCAAGGUUUAAUAGCGAAUAUGAUUUUUUCCAGAAUGCAAUUUUUUUUGUAAUGAAAAAUAUUUUUUCAUGUCUGGUAAUUGAAAUGCUUUGCUCAGCUAUAAACGAGUUCACCAACUACAGUAAGCUGUAAAAUAAAACGAAAACUGGGGAAUAAAACGAAUUCAUAUUUAUUUUAUACAAAUCCAAUAAAUAACUUUUAUUCGAAAUUUAUGAACUAGAGUAUAUUUCUGGCACUCAGAAAUCAAGAUGUGUCUGAAUUCGUACCUAUUUAUAAUUAAUUUUAACCAAGUUUUCCAUGCCAAAGGGCCGUUAGGUCAAAUUACCUAAAACCCAUUAUACAAACACGCGAGGCGCAACGCCUCGCUACUUUCCACUGUUUUACUUUGCAUACGAAAGUGUAACACCGACACACGUACCGUCCCCCUGCCUCAAACACAAUCCCUGUUAAUCUUACAAAUGUUACAUUCACGGCUCACAAUGCGUCAUAUUCCUGUUUAGCAUAAUUUAUUCCUGCUGCCAUUUCUUACGCAAAUCAAAACAAAUGAAAGUGAAAUAAUCGCUCCAAAACUGAAUAAUUUCAGAUGCAUUUUAAGUAUUCUCCUCGUGAAUUUUAAUUUCUUCCAACUCACUCAAGCACGUAACUUUUAUUUAGUGCUGCUCUCGAGUGAACAAUAUAGUUUUCUUAUUUAAAAUAAAAUGUCUGCAAUGCAGAAAGUUUUGCGAAAUGAAAGAAAAUAAUCUAAGCGAAUGCCAGCCUUUUCACAACCGGACUCACCAUAAUACGAAGCCUACAGACGCCUGCAGCUCGCUCAUCUGUUUCUACGAAUGUGAGUGAAUACGUGUAAACUGUCCUGCUCGCCGUUUGUGUGAUGUCAAGCGCCUUAACUGUAAAACCUUAAAAUCAAGUAGAAGAAUUUACUCCUCAUAAUUCAGAACAUUACAAUGGCUUGUUGUAAAAAUAUUUGGAGCAGUAUUAUCCGAUCGCGUGCACUUACCAAAGUGCUACGGAUUUCAUAAAUAAAUGAUUCCAAAUACGAUAAGAGGAAAUGAAAAUUGUAAAUUGCCGUGUAAAUUUAUAUAGUUCACUUGUUUGAUAACAACUCAAAUGUAUUUUUUCACGAGGUUUUCGACUGACUGCCGCUGAUAAUGUCAAGCCUCGUGAUAUUGUUCAUAGCUACAAUAGCAGUAAUACUCCCGAUUAAUGUAGAAAGCGGACAAGCUGUGGGCUUGGAUGUUAAUAAAAUUUUAGAACUAGUUCGACAGCAACGAGCUCCGACUCUUAACAAACUACGUAUACAACCUCUUCGGCAGGAAAGUGAUUCAGAUUCUGACUCGGAUUCGGACUCUAGUGAUAUUUCUGAUCUCGAUGAUAGCGAUGAUUAUGAUUCUAAUCGUUAUGCAAGAUUGCGCAAUGAUAAAUUAAUUGAUUUAUUAGAAAACGUUGCUAAUGAUAAAAAAAUCAAAGUUAUUAACACCGACCGUAUAUAUCGAAAGGAAAAACCAAGCUACGCUCUGAAUAACUUAGUUAGCCGAAAUGAUAAGUAUGAUACAUCACAACGUUCAAAUAGUUUGCAGUCACAGAUUUUGGAAAAACUUUUAACUGAAGGUAUAAACGAGGAAGACCGUAAAAGAAAACCGCAGUCUGGAUUAACAAAGACCAGACUUAAACCGAACCGAUUAUUAUCUUAUUACAAUAAACAAGAGAGUAAGGACUAUAAUAAAGUUGCGGAAACCACUGGUCUAGAAGACUAUUCUAAAGUAUACAUAGUUUUAAAUCCGCAAGCGGUUCGAAAAAGCAAAAACAAGAAUUCGCUUAAUGAACUGGUAUCAAAGGUGCUUGCUUUAUCAUCACCAAAGAAAGACAGUCAAGUCAAAAGAAAGCCGCUUCGCUACAAAGGAUUCAUAGUGAACGACGAUCGUGUGUCCAGACGAUCUAGAAUCCGGGACUCUAAGGAAAUGUUCGCACCGCGGGACGCAGUGGAUGAUGACUAUAAGAAACACUCGAGGAACGUUGGCGGCGCCGCCGGCGGACGCACCGCCAUACCGUACAUAAGGCACAGAGGAGACAUAUACGAAAGGGAUAAUUAAAUCUUUCUAGUUUCUAAAUAAAUGAAUUAUAUUUGUACGUACUGUGGGUGAAUUUGAUUAUCAUUUCCUCGUUUU